AUGGAUUACUUAAGACCCGCUCAGAAGGGAAGAAGACGUGGUCUUUCCAUUAACAGUCUUUCAGAGACUCAGCAAUCUGCUAUGAAUAGUUCCUUAGACCAUCUUCAAAAUGAUUUGAAUAGGAUAGACCUCCAAUGGAAUAGAAUACUUUCAGACAAUACAAAUCCCUUAGAACUAGCACUCGCAUUUCUGGACGAUACUUCCGUGGGCCUAGGCCACAGAUACGAAGAAUUUAACCAAUUGAAGUCACAAAUUAGUAGUCAUUUACAAGACGUCGUCAAUGAGCACAGUCAAGUCUUCAACACCAAUGUGGCCUCUUAUGGAAAGGUCGUCGAUUCCAUCAUGCAAGCCCAGGAGCAGACCUUAAAUCUGAAAAAGUGCUUAAAGGAGGCUGAUGGGAAGAUCACCAUGGAUAAAGGCUCUUUACAGGAAUUGAAUGACAACAACUUGAAGUAUACCAGAAUGGUUGAUGUCUUGGUCAAUAUCGAGGAACUACUGCAAAUUCCCGAAAAAAUCGAAGAAAACAUCAGAAAAGAAAAUUUCCAUCAAGUACAAGUUCUUUUGGAAAGAGGGUUUAUAUUAAUGAACAAUAAAUCAUUGAAAACAGUGGAAAUUUUAAAACCUAUAAACCAACAACUUGAAUUGCAAGAGCACAUACUUUUCAAUAACUUGAUUGAAGAGAUUCACGAUAUCAUGUACUCCAAAUCUAACAAGACGAAUUUUACUAAAGUGACUAAUAAUGAUAUUUUCAAGAUCAUAAGCAUCUCUCACAACGGCUUUACUAGCUUGGAGAAUUACCUUUAUAACAUAGUCAACAUCGAUAUUAUGGAGCAUGCCAAGACAAUAAACAAAAAUCUCGAACAAUUUAUCCAUGACCAGUCGUUGAAUAAAGGAGAGAUCAUGUUACAAGAGAAAAUUGCCACUCAACCAUCACUGGCUUUAUCUGGGAACCAAGAAAAUGAGGGAUUCAACAGAAUUGGGUUUUUAUUAACAACCAUAAAUAAUAUCAAUAAGUUACCAGUUGCAUUCACCAUCAUCACAGAAAGAGCAAAAGAAGAAAUCCAUAAUAUUAUUGUAAAGAGUACAGAAUCUAUACGUUCAAAGCAUCCUUCUUUACUUAAGAUGGCGAGCAGUUUGAAAAACGACAAUCAGUUCGGCCUACCCGUACAGGAUAUUCUUUCCAUCAUUUUGAGGGAAUGUUUUUGGGAGAUAUUUUUGAAGUUACUCUAUGCCAUUCAAUCUCACCGCGUUAUUUUUGAAAUGUCAAACAUUUUGCAGCCAACCUCUUCAGCCAAACCGGCUUACAAGUUUAAUAAAAUUUGGAGAAAACUGUUGGACGAAAUAGAAUUACUGCUUGCUAGGUAUAUCAACAACCCUGAAUUGCUAACAAACGACAAUGGUAGCAGUAAAACAAUCAAUGAUGCAACUAAUAAAGCACCUAACUUACCCAGGAGGAAAAAUCCCAAAAUUUUUUCACUGGAGCAUAACAUUGAGGAUAAUUCAUCUUUGAAAGAUCAGGCUUUUGAACUGAAGGCUCUACUAAAGGAUAUUUUUCCCGGAUUUUCGGUUUCUUCGAACAUGGAUUUAGAUUCUAUCUACGUCAAGGAUGAAUCCUUUGAGCAAGACGAGCCUCUAGUUCCCCCUUCUAUUUUUAAUAUGAAAGUGAUUUUGGAUCCCUUCUUACUAUUUACACAAUCAACGUCUACCAUCGUGCCAAGCGUUUUAACUGAAAACACAAUUUCCUCUUUGACAUUUUUCGACGAUUAUGUGAAUAAAAGCUUCCUGCCAAGGAUUCAGAUGACUAUGAAUUAUCUAUUCACCAUUGAAGUAGAAUCCAACAACCCGUAUGCGUUAGAACUAUCCGAUGAAAACCAUAACAUUUUCAAAACAGCAUUAGAUUUUCAAAAACUAUUCUACAACCUGUUGAACGUUUUCAACACAGCAAACACAUUCAGAGCAAAAAUUUCACACUGCAUUAUGGACCUUCUAAAUCAUUUUUACACUUACUAUUUAGGGCAAUUUAAUACCUUAAUUGGUACUUCCGAUAGGCACUUGAGUAGGAAAAUUAUCACUGUAUGGUUACAAAACGGUACUUUGAUGGAUCAGGAACGAAAGAUUCUAAAUGGAGAUGAAUCGCUUUUCAACGAAGAAUCCAGAGAGUUGUUUAAAGAUAUACCCCAUCUCUAUGAAGCUGGUAAAGGUCUGAGUAAGUCCGAUUUAUUCAAUAACUUGACCUUGGAUACAAUUUUACAGUUUUCAGCAAGCGUGAUAUGGAUCUUGAAUUGGUUACCGGAUCUAAAAAAAGCUAUUAAUGUUGAGGAAAUGAACCAAGAGCCUAUAUUGGAUGCUGAUAGAUUGAGAGGCGACUGGUCAUUCUCUGAAUCAAUGAAUCUGAAUCUUUCAAAUCCAAAUUCCAACCAAAACUCAUUAGGAAAUUUGAAGAUUUUACUGGAUGACAAGGCUUCCAAAAAAUUUGAUGAAACAGUUGACGGAUUCAAAACAUUGAAGUUCAAACUAAUGGCUAUACUAAGAUUUAAUAUUAGGGCCUUGUGUAUAUAUGAUAUUGGCUCUUUUUUUCAAAACACUAAGAUUUGGAAUAUGGAUGUAGGUAGCAUUGAAUUAGAUCAGAAUAUUGCUUCGCUAAUUUCAGAAUUAAGGAGAACUGAAAAUAAAUUGAAGCAACAGUUAUCAGACAACGAGAAAAACAAUGUAUUCAUUGGUCUUGAUAUAGUAAACAAUUACGCUUUGAUCAAAGGUGCAAAAUCCAUAAAAGUACUGAAUAAUAACGGGAUCAAAAAAAUGUUAAGAAAUGUAAAUGUUUUACAACAUGCUUAUAGAAAUCUUUCCUCCGAGCCGUCAAAGAUCAACAUGAACGUCACAAUGAACUUCUAUUCAUUAUGUGGGUCCAGUGAAACUGAACUAUUCAAAUAUAUAGAAGACAAUGAGUUACAACAUUGUUCUGUCGAUGAUAUGAAAACUAUAUUGAGAUUGCAGUUUAGUGAAGAAAUGCAACGUCAAUUAAAGAGACAAAGCACUAAAUCAACUAAAGGUUCCACGAAACCUUCCAAUAAGAGGUAUACAGAAGCUUUAGAGAAACUAAAUAAGCUAGAAAAAGAGCAGUCGAAAGCAGGACCCCACCCGAAAGCUGCGCCACUUAGAAGCAGCUUUAAAAUUGCUGGCGGUGCAAAUGAUAACGACAAGCUGUAA